UGGAGAGCAGAGUGGUGUGGGGGUGGCUUGGUGGGGAAGGGCCGGCGAUGAUGUCACUGGUCAAGGAGCUGGAAGAGCCUUUUAGCCCCAGUCCCAGCCUCCGCUGGCUGCAGAGCAUCAUCGGAGGAGAGCAACGCAGAGCAACUCCUAGUAAGUGCCUCUUUUUAGGUGUUCCUGGGAAACAUGUGUAGGGGGUGCUGGGCAGAGGGACGAUGGAGCUGCUGGGCUGGUUAUACUGAUGGCAGUGCAGCACAUUUCAAAUGACUUAAGCAGGCAAUGGAGAAGUUGAACGUCCCAGGAGCGUCUGGUUUUUUCUUCACCUGUAGCGAGCCAGGCAUGCUCUUGGAAGAAAGGCAAACAGGCGAUGGGAUGGAUACAUUCCAAACUCUACUCCACAGACAAUCCAUGGCUAAAUGGGUCCUCCAUCUGCAGCAGCUAAUAGAGACCCUCCAAGUGUCCCUGUUCCCAGGGACAGUCCCGGAUUUACAGAAGCCAUCCCUGUUUCUGAUUUAAUCCCGGAAUGUGCCGCUUUUCCUUAGGAUGUCCCUAUUUCCAUUGGAGAAAGCUUGUAACUAAGUGACCCCCAAGCCAAGGAGAUGAGCAACUAUACAGUGGUACCUCGGGUUACAGACACUUCAGGUUACAGACUCUGCUAACCCAGAAAUAGUACCUCGGGUUAAGAACUUUGCUUCAGGAUGAGAACAGAAAUCGUGCGGCGGCAGCACAGCAGCAGCGGGAGGCCCCAUUAGCUAAAGUGGUGCUUCAGAUUAAGAACAGUUUCAGGUUAAGUACAGACCUCCGGAACGAAUUAAAUACGUAACCAGAGGUACCACUGUACAACUAUACAGGCAGCCCUGUACGGGGAAGUUUUCUAAUGUUUAAUGUUUUGUUGUGUUUCUGUACAUGUUGGAAGUCACCCAGAGUGGCUGGGGCAACCCAGUAAGAUGGGAGGGGUAUAAAUAACAAAAUUAUUAAUCUUAUGGACUAGGACAUCCCUAUUUUCAUUGGAGAAAUGUUGGAGGGUAUGCUAAUGGGCAAACUUUGAGGACGGAUGGUGCUUUUCUUAUGAGCUUCCUGAAGGCAUCUGACCGGCUGCUGUAAGAAAGCAACUCUCCUGAGCCUGAGGGAUCCUUGCUGUGGUCUGUCUGGCAGGGCUAUUCUGUUGCAUAUCACCAUCUCCAACUAGAAAGAGGCAAUCUUUGGCCAGGUGGGAUCCACAGCUUCUGUAUGCGCUGCCUUGGCUGUGGCCCAGGCUGGGUGGGUGAACUUGAGUCAGAGCAAGGAGGGGCAGCUGGAUCGGGCACCUUCUCUGAGUUCUCUUGAACUUUGUGCAGGAAAGUAGCCAGAAGGGUCUGGUUGGGGGAACUUGCUGCAGCUUGUAGAACAAGCACUGUUUUGCACAGGCAAAUCUGAUAACAGACUGGUGCUAUUUUUCAAGCUGGUCAGUUGCAUAAAAAGAAACGUUGCCUCUUUGGUACCCUCUGAAUGAACCUCUGCAGCAGUCACUAUUUGCCACUGAUGCUGCCUGUACAAUUUCCUAUACAUAGAAUCAUAGAGGGACCUCAAGGUUAAUCCAGUCCAACCCCCCCACAAUGCAGGAAUCUUAACUAAAGCGUCCAUGACAGGUGGCCAUCCAAUCUCUGCUUAAGAGCUUCCAAGGAAGGAGAGCCCACAACCUCCCAAGGGAGUCUGUUGUGCUGCUGAACAGCUUUCUGUCCCCGCCCCUGAUGUUUAGUUGGGAUCUCCUUUCUUGACACUCGAAGCCAUUGGUCUGUGUCCAACCCUCCAGAGCAAGAGAAAACAAGCUUGUUCCAUCUUCCAUGUGACAGCCCUUGAGAUCUUUGAAGAUGUCUAUCAUCUCUCCCCUCAGUCUCCUCUUUUCUAGACUAAACAUACCCAGCGUGUUUUGUUUGUUCAAAACUAUUUUGCACCAAGAAUGUGACCACCAGCAGAGUGAUAUAUAUGGGGGGCAACCAGGGGGCCAAUGCUGGCCAAGGGUGGGUGGCUAGCUUCUCCGGCUGUUUCUCUGGCUGUUUCUAACAGAUCAACCUCGGAUAUUCUGGAGUGGCUCUUUCCAUCCAGUGCAGCCUGGCCUUCCAUGGGUCAUUGUGAGGAAAGCCUUUGGGAUAUGCUUGUGUGCCCCAGUUCCCAAGCAGUUCAUUUUGUGCUCCAUCAGAGAAGUGUGCCAUGUGGAACUUGGCUUUCACGGAGGCUGCGAAACAGAGCCUGGGCAACAGGCAGGGAAAUAAAGACUUGCAAAAGCAUCUCUCUGCCCCAGGGAAUUAAUCUCCAAGGAGCUUUGACUUCAAGAAAGUGAAGGGAACACUAAAGUAGGGAUCAACCUACCUCGACAGGUUUGGGAUCUGCAGGGGUGGGGCAGGGCACAAGGAAGGCUGGUUGAAGCUGUUACUCAAGUGUGUCGAAGCACAGGGAAUCUUUGCCAUCCCCACUUUCUGACCUCCCCUCUCCUAGGUCUGUGGCUGACAGCCCCACUGGGAAAGUUGAGAUACUGCCCAUCCUUCCAGGCCAAAACCUGCAGUGCCUCUUGAUUUGAGGGUCUUCCCAACAAGAUGCCUGUGCUAGUGGAAUUCCUAGAACCACAGCAAGGGGCACUGAAGGCGGGAUGACCCCAGGCUUCCAUGCUGUAUAUAGUAAUUAUUAUUAUUAGUAGUAGUAGUAGUAGUAGUACCCUGCCCAUCUGGCUGGGUUUCCCUAGGCACUCUGGACGGCUUCCAGCAAGCUACAAAAACAUAAUAAAAUGUUGAAACAUUAAAAACUUCUAAAAACAUAAAAAACUUCCUGAUACAGAGCUGCUUUCAGAUGUCUUCUACAAAUUGGGUAGUUCUUUAUCUCCUUGACAUCCGAUGGGACGUCCACAGGGAGGGUGCUACCACCAAGAAGGCCCUGCAGCAUGAAACACGCUGCAGAUUUUAGCGUUAUGUCUGCAUUACACUCACACCUUUCCUGCAACACGAUCAAGAUGGCAUGUAUGGUUCCUUCCACAUUUUAUCAUCACAACCCUGUGAGGUAAGUUAGGCUGACUGUUUCAAGGCCACACCUAAAAGGUGGGGAUUUGUACCCUGGUCUCCCAGGUCCUAGUCAAACACUCCAAACAUAAUGCCACAGGUUCCCCACCAUAGACACUCAUUUUGGCUGGCAAACGAGAGCUCGCAGCCUCAGCUGGGAGCCAGCACACCCUUCUUUCACCCCUACUUCCAGUGUCAGUGAGUCCCAGGAUUAUCAAGCCCAGGAACACCAGCGCCUUGCCAGACAGAGCAAAAGAUCCCAGGCUCACUGCCUUGCCACCAGGCCUAGCUUCCAUUUAUCGCUUAAUGUGGGGCUCUGAGGCAUCAGCCUCACCAGCCAAGGCUUACAGUCAAGACCAGACUUACUUGGGACCUGAACAUUUCAAUACUGGGAAGAAAAGACCUGCUGUGGAACUUGUACAUUUGGUGACAUCUGCACGUGACAACGUGCAACUUCUGCAUUUGGUGUGAGCCGUUCAGCCGGUCUUGGUGGGCAUGAUGCGCCAGCGCGCAUGGAAGUUGCUUUCUGACGGGACAAUUCCACAAGGAUUCUCUUCUUUACUUCGGAAUAAACCAUUAGCAUACCUUUGUCCUCCCAUCAGAUGCUGGAGAGCAAGAGAGGGGCGGGGCAGAUGAAGAGCAAAAGGCAACAGCCUCUGGGUCAUGCUGGUCUGCAAACAAGGACUUUGGGCCUCUGCCUUCUACAGACAGUGGCCUUGUUGCAGCAUCCUCUUUCUAACAAAGGUUGCUAAACACAGUGUUGUCAGUUUCCCAGAUGCAGCUGGGUUUUUUUAGUGUGUGUGUGGAAAGGACAGAAAUGCUGAGCAAAUGCCUUAUCUAGAGUUGCAAUACAUAUGGGAAAUCCCAGACAUGUAAUCUUUUUUGGGGGGCAACAUGCAAAUGUCCAGGGUUUUUGGGGGCGGUUAGUUUUAUUUGGGGGGGGGUUGCACGUGGCUUGGGCUCAGGUCCCUCUGCAUUCUACGGCCACUGCCAGCCCAAGCCAACUUAUCUGUUCUCUGGGCUUUUCUCUGCAGUCAGAAAUAAAGUUUAUGCAUCUCUACCCAUCACCCGGGACACGGGUGGCGCUGUGGGUUAAACCAUAGAGCCUAGGACUUGUCGAUCAGAAGGUCGGCGGUUCGAAUCCCUGCGACGGGGUGAGUUCCCAUUGCUCGGUCCCUGCCCCUGCCAACCUAGCAGUUUGAAAGCAUGUCAAAGCGCAAGUAGAUAAAUAGGUACCGCUCUGGUGGGAAGGUAAAUGGCGUUUCCAUUCGCUGCUCUGGUUCGCCAGAAGUGGCUUAGUCAUGCUGGCCACAUGACCCAGAAGCUGUACGCCGGCUCCCUCGGCCAAUAAAGCGAGAUGAGUGCCGCAACCCCAGAGUCGGCUACAACUGGACCUAAUGGUCAGGGGUCCCUUUACCUUUUUACCCAUCACCCACAAAUGUACAAAGAUGGGGAAAUGGGAAUGGUUCUUAAUUCAGAUCCCUCUAGGAUGCAGAGGGUGCUGCCUAGCUUGCUGGUCACAUUCCCAUGCUCCUGACCCCAGCUGCUCUUUGUGUUUUGCUCUGUGGGGCAGGGACAGGGGGGCAGGAUUCUCCCAGCAUCUGCCAUUCUGCCAGAACCCACUUCUCAGCUUCUCUGAGCCAACCUCACCUCCCUGCCCACCUCUCUUUCUGUCUUCCCAGGUUUUCCUCCUCCUCCUCCAACAAGCAUGGCAAACAAAGGACCUUCCUUUGGCCUGAGCAGAGACGUCCAGGCCAAGAUUGAGAAGAAAUACGAUGAUGAAUUGGAAGAGCGACUGGUGGAGUGGGUUGUGCUCCAGUGUGGGGCAGAUGUGGGGCGCCCCGAACGUGGCAGGCUGGGCUUCCAGGUCUGGCUGAAGAAUGGCAUUGUAAGCACUGAACACCCUCUCUUCUUGUCCCUUUGUCUCCCUAACCUCGGGGCUCAGCUGUGGACUGCGUGGUGUAAUGGCAAAAGAAACAGUGACUCGGGGCAUGAAGAGUAUUCUCUUAAACUGCCCAACUAAUCCUGUGAGCCCCUCACCCACCACUAUUUGAUCGCGGGGUUCCCAGGUUAAAUGGGGGGAACAAAGACUCCAGCCCCGUGAAAGCCCUCGUAUGCAGGCGGCCUCCAUCAGUCCAUCGGUUUCUUACAAUUGCAGCCCACAUUUUUCCCAUCACGGAGCCCAAGGCAGCAGUGGUAGACUUUGGGGUCUCAAAUGGCCCCCUCACACUCGGUUCGAAAUCAUAGUUGUGGCAUCUCUAGCAGCACCCUUGAGGCUCCUCUCCCAGGGUGACCAAACCAGGCGCGCUCCCCUAAAUCCAUCUCUGAAGGCAGGCACUUGCCUACCAAAGCCCUGAUCAGACCCAGGCCUGCUUAGCUGCAGUAAGAGGGUGGCUUCCUGGGCCUUCAGGCCAUAUCCCAGGGCCCGUUUUAUUGAGCCACUUUGGAAGCUAGACUUUUGACCUGCUCCAGGGGUUGCAAACGCAAAUGCUUCCUUGAGCCAGGAGGAAACCAGCCUGUCUAAUCGAACCAACCAACCACACAUGCCCUCAACCAGGAUUAUGUGUGAGGUCUUACAAAGCUUGCUCCUUGGCAUUGUCACUCUCUGGAAUAGGGGAGACCCAGGUCUCUCUUAUGGGGUUUCCCAAUACAUUUUGCCGCCUAAGAUCAUAGAACGAUAGAGUUGGAAGGGACCUUGAGGAUCACCUAGUCCAACUCCCUGCAAUGCAGGAACAUGCAGCUGCCCCGUAUGGGGAUCGAACCUGUAACCUUGGCAUUAUCAGCACCACGCUCUAACCAAAUGAGCUAUCGAGGACAAGAGAUCAUACACACUCACACACUCCUCAUCUAGAAGCCAACUGGAUUGGCAGCUGACUCUUCCAGAGCUAUCAGGCUGGUUUAGGGGACCCAGGAUAAACUGUGUGGUAUGCACAGCUCUGUCCUCCAACAGAGGGGAAUAGCUGGUGGGGGGUCACAAAGAAGAGGUGGGGGGAAUCCACUUCUGCCUCCCUUCCGGCACCUGCCACCUGAGGUGGCUGCCUCAUUCUGUCUAAUGCUAGGGCCAGCCCUGGGGUUUCCAGUGACAUGUGAUGCUCUAAGCCCUUGAGUGACUGUGGCUCCCUUCGCUUCCUCUGGCAGAUCCUAGGCAAGUUGAUCAACAGUCUUUGUGCUUCCAAGCCUGUGAAGAUCCCCGAUACUCCUCCUAGCAUGGUCUUCAAGCAGAUGGAGCAGAUAGCCCAGUUCCUGAAGGCGGCAGAGGACUACGGCGUGGUGAAGACGGACAUUUUCCAGACGGUCGAUCUGUUUGAAGGUGGGAGGAUAAGGAAGGCCUUCUGAGGCAGGUGGCAAUGAGCAGGCAACAGAGAGUUCACAAAAAGUGGAAGGGAAUGAGUGUGAAAAUGCCUCUUGGCCUCUCCCCUGUAAAAGUGGCAUGACGUUUGCCUUUAGAAUAUUCCACCUGGCUGAACAUUUGCUGGAGGAAUAUUGGCUUUCUAGGUUCAAGCUCUGUCUAGGUAGAAGCUGCCUGGACCUCAAGAGAUGGGGAGCCAUUUCCAGUUCCCUUCUGGACAACCUUUAGGGAGAGGGGUACAUGCCAGUAGUGAGCGGGGCCAGAGGCAAACGUGGGUGGAGCAAUGGACGUGAAGCUGGUACAGUAGGCUAGCUUCUAUGCAAACUCCCACGCACCCCUCUCUGUCUUCCACCCAGACAAGCCACAGGCACGAUCCGAGUUCAAGGACACAUUUCAAGCCAGGCAAAAGACACUUAGCAUUUGAAGUAGGAUGAGAGAGCAGCAAGGGUGGUCUGGGGAGGGAGCAAGUGUAGUUCCUCAUCCUUGGCCAUGGGGCUGAAGCCUAUAAGACAUGCCUGGGUCAUCUGGCAGCGCCUAUCCUGGUUUGGAACAGAUUUUGGGAUUUGCUGCUUGACCUGCCAGAUGUUGAUGAACUCCCAUCAGCCACCGCAGGCAUAACCCAUGGCCACAAGGUGGUGGGAGUUGUAGUUCAGCAACAUUUGGAGGACCAAGGGCUCUGCACGCCUGGUUUACUUCCUGAGCAUAGGAAGCUGCCUGGCACAGAACCAGAUCCUUGGCCCGUCCAGCUCAGUUUGGGCUACUAUGACUAUCCAGGGUUUGAAGCUUUCCCAUCCCUAAUAACAGAGACAAUGUGCUAGUGAGUUGUGGCUCUUGAGAACGCCAAUGGUGCCUUGACUCAGCCCAACCUAAGAAUAAUCGCCUUCUCUCUCAUCCUAGCGAAGGACAUGGCCGCAGUUCAGAGGACGCUGAUGGCUUUGGGCAGCCUUGCUGUGACUAAGAACGAUGGACAGUAUCGUGGAGACCCUUCCUGGUUCAUGAAGUAAGUGGCAUCUGAGCCUCUCUGGGGAGUGGAGCCAAGAAGAGCAGCAAGUGGAUCGGGCCCAAAGGGAUCUUGUUCUCGUGUCCCAGUUGGAGGCCACAAGCAGGAUCUGAGCGUAACAGCUGCCUGAACCCCAAUCGUUAUUUCUAGGAGAGGGUAUUAAGAGGCAUUUUGCCCAUUUAGACUUGGACAGAAUUCUCACAAGGGUCGUGGAACUCAAAUUCAGUUCAGCUUGCCAUGACUAUAGCAUUCACCUAGCGAAUGCUUCCAUUUCCAAAUCCCCAGUGCUAUAAUGCGGAAAUUCAUCCUUUGGCAGCCAGAUUUCUGCACAAAAAGGGAUUCCUGAGCAAUAGACUUCAAUUUAGAUGCAGAAAUUGUGUUAAUGUUCCAACAAACAAAGAAAUAAAAAGCCCAGCCUUGCACCAGGGGGCAGGAUAGUGAUUUGGGGGGCGGGGUGAGUAGGGCUGGGCAAUAUCUGGUUUUCAACAUCGUGAUACAUCACCAGCUAAACAUGAUGAUAUACCAAUGUAUUGUGAUGUCUGAAAUAAGGAUGGAGCUAUGUAGAGGCACUGGCUGGCUUCACGGUUUUCCCCGCAUCGUGAUUUUUGCCGGUGCCUGCUCUUGUGAUUUGCUGCCUCCUGCAGAGGUUUUUUAAAAAAAUUAUUUAAUCGUUUUUUCAAUACAAACCACCAAAAAACACAUACAACAAAAACCACAAUAAGACUAAUAACACAAUUUAGCAAUUCAGAUUUGAGUACUGAUAUACCUAUAACUACACCAUUUUAACAAUAUUUUCCCCACCUCUCCUCCCCCUACUUCCCACCACUGUCCGCCUUAUCGCUUAAGUAUUCAUUCCAGAUUUCUUCAUAUUUAUCCAUUCUUAAUUUGCGUCAACAUGCAAUUCGUUCGUAUGUGGCUAGUCUGUCCAUAUUGUCAAUCCAUGUGCUCAAUGGAAUCUUUUUGCGGCUCUUCCAAUUCAUCAAAACAAGUUUUUUUGCUUCAAAUAUGGCACAGUACAUCCAUUUUUUUGACCCCUUGUAAUCUCCCACAUUUCCAGUAUAUAAUUUAGAAUUAAAUUCAAUUCCCCGAAAUAACAAUUUUUUUUAUUACUCUUGCUAUAUAUAUCCUCACCUCGCACCAAAAUGAUCUUAUCAAUGAGCAGUUAAUCAUCAUAUGUACUAAGUUCGCAUUUUUACUCCCACAUCUCCAGCAUUUGUCAGAGUUAACAGAGGCUGCAGGAAUUGAGAGAAGCAUUGACUGGCUUCACGCUAUCCCCCACACUGUGAUUUUUGCAUUGCACACGCAUGCAUAAUUAUAUAUAUGAGAAACCGGUAUCACGAUAUGGACUUCAAACCAGUUUGGGCCGAUAUAUCGCCCAGCCUUAGUGGCGAGUACUGCAAAAAGUGAGAUUGCUGACCCUGUUUUCCUCUCUUUUUUUAACCGUAGGAAAGCCCAGGAGAACCGGCGGGACUUCUCAGACAGUCAGCUGAAAGAGGGCAAGAACGUGAUCGGUCUACAAAUGGGCUCCAACCAGGGUGCCUCGCAGGCAGGCAUGACAGGCUAUGGCCGACCCCGACAGAUCAUCAGCUAAGCAGGAUGCAACCCUCCCCACCCCCACCCCCUAGCAGAACUGGCCCUGCAGCUCCUGCACAAAGAGCCCCAAUGCCACCCCGACGAAUCAUGCCGCAGGGGCAGCAACGGCCGCCAACUGGGAAUUUUUUGGGAGAACCUUUCAAAAUCACCUUAACUCUGCCCCAGAAGUUACUACCUGGGAGCAGGAGGAUUCUUACAAGGUUGCUACAUGGCAACAGGCCCCCCCACCCCAAGCAUUCUGCUUGCUUCAUCUCCACGCCAAAUGCCAGUCCCUUGCAUGCUCGUUGCUUUGCUGCUUUUGACCCUUGCAAAGCUGAGGAAGUGGCCAUUCACAAAGCCAAGGGCAGGAGGGGAGAGGGGAUAUUGCAGCCUUGACACCUGCCGUGGCGAUGGAAAACCUUGUCCCUGGUGCAUAUUUGAACGUGGCUGAAACUUGCACAUAAGUAAGACCUCUACGUAAGUGGCGGAGGGGAGUGUGCCUCUCACCCAUUUUGUACUUUGUUGUUGUUCAUCCAUUAAAAACAAUGACUCUUUUUUUUAGGCUGUUUUCUUGGCUGUGUAUCUGGAGCUGCUCCUUUCUGUUGCUGCAGUUAUGAUGCCGGGAGUAGAAGGGCAAACUCCCUAAAGAAUCCCCUUUGCCUCCAUUUCAUCCGCGUUUUAGCAACUGCCUCAGUCUGGCCACUGGGGCUUCCCUGCUUCUGGGCAAAGUGCUAAAGCCAGCAGAUGCAGGCCGAGCCCUUUAGGAAGGCAGGCUGAGCCGUUGCCAAAGCACCCAGAGAAGCUAUUUGCUUCAUUGCUUGGUUGGCUAGAGUGUGGUGGUGAUAACACCAAGGUCGCAGGUUUGAUUCCCGUGUGGGACGGCUGCAUAUUCCUGCAUUGCAGGGGGGGCCGAUGAUCCUUAGCGUUUCUUCCAACUCUACAAUUCUACGAAGGGCAGAGAAAAGUGGCCAAAGGGGGGCAGUCCUCUUGGGAACUUCCCUUUCAGUGUUGAGAGGGGAAAACACAGCAACAAGGAAAAUAUGCACACUUUAAAAACCCCUAGGCUGAGACACCCUAGCCUUGAACAUGAGAGUCUGGUGUGCUGGUUUCCCUCAAUAGCUGCAAGGAUCUUCAAAAUGGCCAGGGUUACUCCCUCCCUGCAUUUUCUGCUUGGCGGUGCCUCUCCAAACUCCCCUCCUCCAAGAUGCACAGGGAAAGCUACCCCAGCUCACUGCCCUGGGCCAUGCAAAUUAAGCAGCUUCCAAGAAAACUAGGGAAGUUAUUUUACUGCCCUAAACCUUGAGGUCUCCCCCCCCCCCCCGGCACCCAUGAAGCCUCGGAGCCCCUGUGCCCCCACGGCCACAGCUAUCAUAACAUGAAGAGUGGCUCAGUUUCCCUCCCUUGAAAAGUACACCAAGCAGAAGCAGGAAGUUGGGAAGAGUGCUGCUCUUUCCCAUUUCCUUUCUCAGCUCUAUGGGCUUUGCCAAGGCUCAGGCCAACUGGAUCUUUUCUCAAGAUCCCAUGGAAACACAAGUGUGGGUGCUGCACGUACUCUUAUUUCUACCUGUCUCUUGGCAGGCAGGGGGGAGACAUGACCAGAGGGGCCGGCACCCCCUCAUAAAUCCAAAAUUUGCCAGCGUACUGAAAGCAGUUGGCAACCCCUGCCCUAAAACUUGACGGAUUCAUCUUAUACAAUAUAUUUAUAUUCCUUUCUCUUGCUCUAAAACCCAGAGUUCAAAAAUUGCUAAUAUCCCCCCCACCUUUUCCUGUAUUUUUAAUAAGAAGUGAAGCUUGUAUGUGUAUUUCGGACGUGCCGCUUGAAAAUAAAACAGAAAAGGAGAAGGC